ACUCUGAACAGACGUCAUCGAUCGCUCGCACGCGUCAUCGCUGCCAGGCGGCUCAGUCGAGCGGUGACGUCAUCGAGCGAGCGCCUGAAGAUGGCGGAUCCGAAUGCAAAACAAACCGGACAGAAAAGUGUGAAGAUCGCAGCCGGAGCAGUCGUGUGUGUGGAGAGCGACAUCCGAGGAGACGUGACCAUCGGAGCGAGGACCGUGGUUCACCCGAAGGCGCGGAUCAUCGCAGAGGCCGGACCCAUCGUGAUCGGAGAGGGAAACCUGAUCGAGGAGCAGGCCCUGAUCAUCAACAGGUCAGCGCUUUAUUACUCGCGCUGUUCCUCACGAGACGGCCUUCAGCUUCCAAACACAAAUGAACAUAAUAAGCUAAAUAAGCUGAAUAAGCUAAAACACAGAAUAAAGUCGCUGGUCUUUCACAGCUUAGAUCUGAAGAAGACUCCAGAAAUGGGCUGUAAAACUGUGGAAAAACUCAGCAUGAAGCUUUUGCCGGCUCAAUCUAACUUGAGUUUGUUUCCAGUGUCUCAGGCCUUAAAAAUUGGGGACAACAACGUCAUCGAGUCUAAAGUAACAGAAAACACCGUGAUCUACGGCUCCGAGUGUUUGAGACGUGUGCAGACCGAGAGACCGCAGCCUCAAACGCUGCAGCUGGACUUCCUGAUGAAGAUCCUGCCCAAUUACCAUCAUCUGAAGAAGACCGUGAAAGCAAGCUCCACUCCGGCGAGAAGCUGAGCAUCUCAGAUAUCAGUGCUGUUUCUGUGUUAGAGUGUCAUAGCUUGUGUUGUAAGUUAUUGAGGACACAUUAAAUACACCUCCAUGUC